UAAAUAAAACAAAUUGAAAGCAAUAAAAUAUUACAACUAGUACAGUGUUGAAUAUUAAGAGAGAUGGCAAGAUUUGUGAAUGUGGCGGUUGUUGUUAGCUUUGUCUCGGUGGUUUUGAUGCAAUGUGUGGCGGCUCAAACGGUGCAUGUGGUGGGAGAUAGCAUGGGAUGGACCAUUCCACAAAGCGGUGCCGGAGCAUACGAUACUUGGGCUGCUUCCAAGACAUUCAGGGUUGGCGACAUCCUAACUUUCAACUUUGGUGCGGGCGAUCAUGAUGUGCUACAAGUACCAAAAGCAUCCUACGAUGGAUGCACUGCAGCAAACCCAAUCGGAAACACCAUCACAACCGCUCCUGCAAACAUUACCAUCACCUCUGCCGGGGACCAUUACUACAUCUGCACCUUCAGUCAGCACUGCCAAUUCGGCCAGAAGCUUAAGAUUACCGCCGUCUCAUCCUCCCCCACUCCUGGUGGUGCCCCUUCACCGGAUACAACAAUGGGCCCCACGGCCAAUGGGCCCAGCCCAAUUACCCCUUCUCCUCCAGAUUCCUCAUCAUCCCCUACUCCUGGUGGUGCCCCUUCACCGGCUGAAUAUUGCCCUCCUGAUACGAGCCCAAUUACCCCUCCUCCUCCAACUCCCUCAUCCUCCACUCCUAGUGGUGCCCCUUCACCGGCUGAUUGCCCUCCUGAUACAACAAUGGGCCCCACGGCCCCUGGGCCCAGCCCAAUUGCCCCUUCUCCAGAUUCCUCAUCAUCCACAUCCACUGCUUUGGCUAGUAUUUUGGUGUCCUGUUUGUCUAUUAUUGCCGUUGGAUUUGGAUUCAUAUUUUAGAUACAGAGAGAGAGAGAGACAGAGAGCAUUCUAUUAUAGUCAUUUAAUUGGUACUAUUUUCAUUGAUGUGAUAUAAUAAAUUUAGUCUUUAAUUGAGUUUUUUAUUAUUAUUUAUUUUGAGCUGUGUAGCACAACUUUCAUUAGACAGUGUAAUAUUCGUGAGAUUGAUAAAU